AUAUUUAUUGUAUCACUGACCAUUUAUAAAUACUUUCUCAGUAUUAUAUUUAUUGUAUCAGUGACCAUUUAUAAAUACUUUCUCAGUAUUAUAUUUAUUGUAUCACUGACCAUUUAUAAAUACUUUCUCAGUAUUAUAUUUAUUGUAUCAGUGACCAUUUAUAAAUACUUUCUCAGUAUUAUAUUUAUUGUAUCAGUGACCAUUUAUAAAUAUAUUAUAUUUAUUGUAUCAGUGACCAUUUAUAAAUACUUUCUCAGUAUUAUAUUUAUUGUAUCAGUGACCAUUUAUAAACAGUUUGUCAGUAUUAUAUUUAUCGUAUCAGUGACCAUUUAUAAAUACUUUCUCAGUAUUAUAUUUAUUGUAUCAGUGACCAUUUAUAAAUACUUUCUCAGUAUUAUAUUUAUUGUAUCAGUGACCAUUUAUAAAUAGUUUCUGUCGCAUAUGCUACUCUUUAAAGAGUAGUUCCAGUUUCACACAAAUAUUUUCAUAUUCAGAGUUUAUGACAAAUUUAUGAUAAAUCUCAAUGGAAAAUUUUAGCUGUAAAAGGAUUCCAGAAAGCAAUGUCAAUGCACAUCAAAAUGUAAUGUUCACAAUCCAUAAAACAAUAACAAUUAAAACUUCACUUUACGUGCUUUACGAAACGGAACCGUAAAUGUCAUCAAGUCACUUUUCUUCAAAUUUUCCAGUCGCUCUUUCUCAAGUUUCUCCCUUCUCAGCGACAAAAUGUGUUUGAUUUCAGAAAAGUCUAUCAGUUGUGCUCUAGAAACAGAUUUCUCGUUAUUCUUUUGUGGUUUGAUCACAUUCAGUUUUUGACUUCCAUUCAUCGAGUAUCUAACUGACGAUUUAUUUUCUUUGAGACGUUUAUAAAGUUGAUUUAUAAACAUAUAUUUGUCACCUCUCAAAACAGUGUUCUCGGUGAAAUUCAGGGUUGCGCUGUUCAUGGGUAAAAGAGUCGCUUGGUCAUUCAACGAGGUUCGUUUUUUUCGCAAGUUCGUCACAUCUUCCAGCAUAAUUUGAUGACUGUUGUCUUUCGGUAUCACACCGAACGAAGGUUUCAUUUGGAAACCUAAAGACGAUUUGGAAAGUCUUAAAUUGUCAAUAUGCUCAUGCUCGGAUAUGGUUGCAAAACAACAAGAUUCUGGUCGGUAGAUUAUGCGACGAAUCUUGCUCUCUGGUCGCAGGUAUUUUUCUGGUGGUAUAUCACUAAACACAGCUUUUCUUACUCCAGAUUCACGUCUUAAAAGUCUUGGAGAACAAUUAUUGCCUGCGGAGUCCGAGUCUGUUUCUGUAUCAGGAUUAUGCCUUCUGGCCCAUUUGUCGUAAUAAUCAUGAGUAACUGAUGUUGGGCGAUCUGGUUCUAACUGCUCUCUCUUGGUUAAAAGUUUCACAUCCCGACAGGAACUUCGAAUUUUGAUUCCGUUGAUAUUCAUGCUGAAAAUGCCAUUAUCUUGUAGUUUGCAUUGUCGUAUAGAUUGGUACUUUGAUCCAAACUUUUGUCAAUUUAUAUAAGGAAGUAUUCGUUUAUUACAGUUUUGAAUUCAAAACACGAUGCAUAAGAAUCAUUUUUAAUCCAAUACUUUGAAACAAUUGCGUCACUAACUGAUUUUUUUAAGACACGAAACAACUAUCCGU